AUUAUCUAAGGCACUAUUUCAUUAUGAAAGUGGUAAAUCUUUUUCUACAAGUUGAACAAAACUUGUUUAGUUCUUUGAUCUAUACAAUCACUAAAAAUUAAAAAGAUGGCUAGUAGACCUUUAGAGUAUGCUCAAGAGUUUGUUGAAUACGUGAAUGCCUCUCCAACUCCAUACCAUGCUGUGAAGAACGUAAAGGAGUACUUGACGAAGGCGGGGUUUGUUGAACUUAGAGAAACUGAUAACUGGAAAGAUACUCAAUUUAAGGAUGAAAAUAAGUUCUUCGUAACUAGAAAUGGAUCAUCAUUAAUCGCAUUCACCAUUGGUGAAAAAUAUGAGAAUGGUAAUGGAAUUGCUGUUGUGGGAGCUCAUACUGACUCGCCAUGUCUUAGAAUUAAGCCAAUUUCCAAGAAAACUUCUGAAGGAUUUAUUCAAGUUGGUGUAGAACAAUAUGGUGGGCUAAUUGCACACUCUUGGUUCGAUAGAGAUCUCUCCAUUGCUGGAAGAGUGUAUGUCACUGACGCUGAAGGUAAUUAUGUACCAAAACUUAUCAAAAUUGAUAAGCCACUUUUAAGAAUCCCAACUCUUGCCAUUCAUCUUGAUAGAAAUGUAAGAGAAAGUUUUGAAUUUAAUAAGGAAACUAAAUUGGUACCAAUUGCUGGACAAAUUGAAUUGGAUGCAAAUGAGCAGAAGGAAUCAAAGAAGAAAACAAGCUGUGCAGAUGAUCCUGCUCUUCAACUUUCUCCUGAUCAAUUUGAAUCUGUUCAAUCCAUUAUUACUAGACAUAACCAUUCUCUUGUUGAGUUAAUCGCCAAAGAAUGUGGUGUUGAGCUGAAACAAAUUGAAGAUUUUGAAUUGGUAUUAUUUGAUCAUCAGAAGUCAAUUAUUGGUGGAUUAAAUGAUGAAUUCAUUUUCUCUCCUCGUUUAGAUAAUCUUACUUCAUGUUUCUGUGCUGCUAAGGGUAUAAUUGAAUCAGUAAAGAAUAUCAAAAGUCAAUCUAAUAUUCAAUUGAUUUCCCUCUUUGAUCAUGAAGAAAUUGGAUCAGUGUCCGCUCAAGGUGCUGAUUCUACCUUCUUACCAGAUGUAAUCCAUAGAUUGGUUCAAGGGUUAUCUGAUGGUGGAGAUUACUUCCAACAAGUUAUGGCUAAUUCCUUCUUAUUGUCGUCUGAUAUGGCACAUGGUGUUCAUCCAAAUUAUAGUGAAAAGUAUGAAGCCCAAAAUAGACCACAUGUUAACAAGGGGCCAGUCAUUAAGAUCAAUGCAAACCAAAGAUAUGCCACCAAUUCUCCUGGUAUAGUCUUAAUCAAGAAGUGUGCUACAUUAGCUAAAGUUCCAUUACAAUUAUUCGUUGUUCGUAAUGACUCUCCAUGUGGAUCUACCAUUGGACCUAUUUUAUCUGCCAAGUUGGGUAUUAGAACCUUAGAUUUAGGUAAUCCUCAAUUAUCAAUGCAUUCCAUUAGAGAAACUGGUGGUACUUAUGAUGUUGUUAAAUUAUGUGACUUAUUUGAAUCAUUUUUCAAUAAUUACUCUGAAGUUAGUGGUAAAAUUCAUUUAUAG